CCGCCCACGUCUUGGCCUAUGAUGAACUCUCCCGUCAGUCGCCAUUGCCUUGCGAUUCCUGGAUGCGGCGACACGCAUGGCGGUGGCAAUGAAGAUCCCUAUGCUUCUGCGGAAGGAGCAAGCCGACGACUUUUCGACCAACCCCACUCUCUGGGAGGAGGAAGAGAGCAUGCGGCGGAUAUGGCACCACUGCGAGUUUCUCGAGUACAAAAUCAAGGCGUUGCCGUACUUUCAGUACUCGCAUGCGCGGACAUUCCCCAUAUCGCUGUAUCCCAGUCGGGAAGCAUACUGGGUCUCCAGUCAAGACGCAACCCUGGUGUCCAACGGCCGAUUCCAGCUGCUCCGUCUCACCGACGACAUUGUCCCGAUUGUGGCCAGAGGCCGGCUGUUUCUUACAAAAGUGUACCACCAAGCAGCAAAAUUCCUGCCCGUCUACAACGAUGGCCCGCUCACCAAACACGACGGGCCCGGCAGCUCCAGGUGGAAUCUGGUCGCGGAGUAUCAGAGCUGGAAGACCAGCGCCAUCCGCAAGCUGUGGGUGUGGUACGGCAACCUGCCCAUGUGGAUGAAGGACUUGGUCUCGUUCUCGGCUGCGUGGCAGCCGACAGCGACGAAACAGCAGCCGAUCCUGGGCGGAAGCAGCAUCACCGACAUCCUGUCGCUCCACGUCAUCUUUUACGGCGUUCUCAUGACGGUCUACUACCCGGCCAUGAUCAUGGACCUCUGGGACCACCCAUCCAAGAAGCCCCAGACGCUCGAAGGAUUCAUUCGCUGUCAAGAAGCCCGGGAAAACUACGAGAGCGUGGUGCAGCUGAUGUUUUUGACCGACCAAGCCUACGUCCGAGUCAAUAUCCUCACAGACGCCAUGUGUUUCAUGUUCAUCUGGGCAAAUGUCUGCUACGUCUCCAUGUGGGCUGGCGUGCCAAUCCAGCACAACAUCACCGAUACCCAGAUGAGGCGGGUGCACCGCUACUAUCACGAUUCUACCAGCGACAUCGAUGAGGCCAUCACGAGCUUUCUGAACCGAUAUGUGCUGCUGACGGUCACCAUCGGCCCGUGCAAAUCGUUCGUCCACCAAUCCCUGUACAUCAACUACGAUUUCAGCACCGAAACCUUUUUCCGGCUCGAGGUCUCUGGAGACAGCGUUGUUCCCACCGAAGGCACCACCAAGAUCUCGAGUGCCGACGAUGGCGGCUGCGGCCACGAUGCCCCUGAGCCGAGAGCCGGCAGCCACCACUCGGACUUGCGAUGGGCCAUCACGCACUACCGCAGCGCUUACAGCGGCACAAACGAUUCUGCUCUCGGCCCGUUUUUGCCACGGCGCUAUCUGAAGCUGACCGCCCCAUCUGAGCCUUGAGUCGCGCGCCGCCCGAUCUGUCCCUCCCUCCACCAUCAACUCUUCACCACUCCACCCCUUUUGAUACAAGGGACACGAUUGCCGAGGUCUUGACACCCCCCCCUUCCGCCACUACUGUAACUGAUCACUUGCCUCCAGGCGGUCUCCAAGCUUGUUUUUUUGACUCUAUUUUCGGUUGCCAACAUGCAUGCCUUCCCUCCUCCCACUCCACAUGUACACAUAUAUUCAUAUCACUUUGUUUUGCAUACUCUCUUUCUCUCCCCUUGGACUCUCGCCAAACCCAUACUCCUCCUUCGCUGUGAUCCUCUCGCCUCUCCAAUAUCCGCUAUAGAUCCAAAGA